CGAAGAAGAACAGUGGGUGGUCAGAUAGUGUCAGGAGAAGGUGGUUGUGGCGCGUCUAGUACCAAAAUACCAAGUGAGGUUGGAGCGAGGGUGACGAAAGGAGAACGAGAGAUAAAGAGAGAAAGAGGGAGAGAAAAAAAAGCGAGGGAAAGAGAGAAAGAGGGAGAGAAAAAAAAGCGAGGGAAAGAGAGAGAGAGAUUGAGAGAGAAAGAGGGAGAGAAAAAAAGCGAGGGAAAGAGAGAGAGAGAGAGAGAGAGAGAGAGAGAGAGAGAGAGAGAGAGAGAGAGAGAGAGAGAGGGAUGGAUAAAUAGACAGAUAGGUAGAUAGAUAUACAGAUAGAUAGAGGGUAGAUAAAUAGCUAGAUAGAUAGCUAGAUAGAUACAGAGAGAGAUUGAGAAAGAAAGAAAGAGAGAGAGAGAGAGAGAGAGAGAGAGAGAGAGAGAGAGAGAGAGAGAGAGAGAGAGAGAGAGAGAGAGAGAGAGAGAGACAGACAGACAGACAGACAGAGGAAGAGAAGAGAGAGACGGAAAAGAGAAAGAAAUAGAGAGAAAAUAUAGAUAAAAGAGAAAAAGAAAUCAAAAGGAAAGAGAGAGCGAGAGAGAGAGAGCGAGAGAGAGAGAGAGAGAGAGAGAGAGAGAGAGAGAGAGAGAGAGAGAGAGAGAGAGAGAGAGAGAGAGAGAGAGAGAGAGAGAGAAAGAGAAGCGUCCGUGAGAGGAACUAAGGACCCCGCUCUGCCUGGCCGAGAGAAUGACGACCGGAUGAAAGCAGCGCCAUGCCACUAGAGCAGACUUCAAACCGUGACCGUAAUGCUGACCCUUAAAGGCAGAAACGUUCGGCAUAGGAUUACGCGGUGAAGAUAACACAACGUUUUCGGGACGGAGAGGGAUAUCCUUUACUUUAUUUUGCCAUUCGUUUCGAGGGCUCGUUUGGAGAAAAAGGAAGGCAAGGCGGAGAGCCAAAGAAAACCAGAACGAGAAGAACGACACGGAGAGAGCGGAUGUAACGAUCCCGACUUAGGGAGAUAGAACAGCGACAUUGCCAAAGAAAACGAGAAUAUCAGCGCCGACAAAGAAAACGGGAAAAAAUCGACGCCGACAAGGAAAACGGAAAAAUUGACGCCGACGAGGAAAACGGGAAAAAUCGACGCCGACAAAGAAAACGCGGAAAAUCAACACCGACAAAGAAAACGGGAAAAUCAACACCGACAAAGAAAACGGGAAAAUCACCACCGACAAAGAAAACGGGAAAAUCGGCACCAACUAAAGAAGAGGCAACAGCGCGCGAACAUGUCCUCAUGCAACGCUAGUUUGAACGAUUUGGCAGAUGAACGAGUGCACUCCUUGUACUACUGGGUAUAUCAGGUGUCGUUCCCCAUCCUUGUGUUCAUCGGCGUCCUCACCAACACCCUCAACCUGGUCGUGCUCACGAGACCCCCGAUGAGGAACAAGACAUACAGGUGGAUGCGAACGCUGGCCAUCGUGGACAUGGUGCUGUGCCUGCUGACGAUCCCGGUGUGCCUGUCCAACGGGGGCCACGCCGCCACCUCCUACAGCACCGCCUUGUACUAUGCGCUGUUCGGCUGGUCCAUGAGCAUCGGCGCGCAGAUCUUCAGCUACUACCUCAUGGUCUGGUUCGCCUACGAUCGCUUCCUGGCCGUGUGCCGCCACGCGGAUUACCGGAGCAGCCAGCGGAGGGAGGUGUUCAACCGGCGCGUGGUGGGGACGCUGGCGGGCGUGGCGGCGCUCUACCUGCCGACGGUGCUGGUGGGACAUGUGUGCCCGGCCUCCGACAAGUGGGUGCCCAUCGACGGCUACUCAGAGGAGAAGAUCAGGGGCUGGUACCGCGUGUACACGUGGGGGCGCGAGGUGAUCUCGCGGCUGGUGCCCGCCGUGCUCAUCACGGUGUGCAACAUCAAGAUCACGCUCAAGCUCCGGCAGCUGCGCAGCGUGCGGGAGAGCUUCAUCAGCGGCAUCUCGCCGGCGCGGCGGGAAAAGGAGCGGCGCUUGGUCUUCCUGCUUUUCUGGAUCACGGCGCUGUUCUUCGUGUACAACACCCCCGUCACCGUUUUCUACGUGGUGUUUCUCGACCAGAACAUCCUGGACGCGCACCACAUCGACCACGCCGACUACGGGGUCCUCGUCUUCGGCUCCCUCAGCAACCUCCUGCAGAUGAUCGGCAACGUGUCCAACUUCGUGCUAUACUUCCUCGUGAAUCCGGACUUCCACCGGACGCUGCAGGUAAUGUUCGGCGCCCGCGCGGCCGAUGAAGCAGCCGACAAAGACAGCAACAGGUCGACCAUCCGCCGGACGCAGUCCAUGAACGCCACGCAGCCGGAGCGCAGCGCCAAGGACGACCUUUCCGACUCUGGUAUCGACCAGCCGACUGACCUGCCGGUGGAGGAGGCGAGGCUGUGAGGGGAACGCCGCCGGGAGGACGGCUUUCGCUCCCCGACUCGAGGGCGCCGACUGGCCGAGUGUUACUGGCGCAAGGAGCUGAUUUAAGCGCCGCUCCGCUCGCCUCUCGUCCUCUCGAUCGGGGCUGCAUGGGACCACAGGCAGAUGUGCACACACAUAAACUUGUAAAUGUAUAUAUAAAUAUAUGCGUAUCUAAAUAUGUGUGUAUGAGUGUGCAUAUAUAUAUAUA